CUGAAUUCAGUCGUGCAUAUUGAACGCAACUCACCCCACCUCCUUCUCAACCUUUUGCUGACUUUUGCUGUGUUGAUCGUGAGUGUGCUUCCCACCUCCUCCUCCUCCAUUCAGCUGCUUUGCUUUGCCCCUCGCUGUCACACACUCGCGCGUCGUCAUCAUCGUUGUUGUUGCUGCUGUUGUUGCUGUUGCUCUGCUGUUGUGCGCUUGCUUGUUUGCUCGCUUAUUGUGACCACCACCCAGUCCACUGCUCGGUUCCCUCCGUCGUGCUUCGCCUUGUUUUGUCCUUGUUGGCGAGAGUGCCUUGUUUAUUUUGGUUGUUGUUUGUUGUUGUCUUUGUUUUCUUGUCAUCACAUCACAUCAAGACAACCAGGCAUGAGCUUCUUGUUUAACAAGGCACAAAAGACCUUCAAACCAAAGAAGAACAUCCCAGAGGGUUCACACCAACAAGUGCUCAAGCAGUAUGUUGACGAGACCCUCGGCUCCGGCAACCUCAGCCAAGCCGUGAAGCUCCCACCUGGCGAGGACAUCAACGAGUGGCUCGCCGUCAACACUGUUGAUUUCUUCAACCAGAUCAACAUGCUGUAUGGGACCAUUUCCGAGUUUUGCACCGCAGAGAGCUGCCCCGUCAUGUCGGCAGGACCAAAAUACGAGUACCUGUGGGCAGACAGAACGACAGUCAAGAAGCCAAUCCAAUGCUCUGCCCCAGAAUACAUUGACUACCUGAUGACGUGGGUGCAGUCGCAGUUGGACGACGAAUCCUUGUUCCCCUCAAAGGUUGGCGUGCCUUUCCCGCCAAAGUUCCUCAACACCGCAAAAGUCAUCUUGAAGCGGUUGUAUCGCGUGUACGCCCACAUGUACCAUUCCCACUUCAAGGAGGUCGUUGCGCUCGGCGAGGAGCCGCACCUCAACACAAGCUUCAAGCACUUUGUCUACUUCAUUCAGGAGUUCAACCUGGUGGACAAGAAGGAGCUUGAGCCGAUGCAGGAAUUGAUUGACCGGUUGUUGGAGAAGGACCGCCAGAAGGAGGCGAAAGAGGCAUCGUCCCACGCAGCCUCGUAACUUCCAUUGACUUCCCUUACACAAGCAGCCCCUCGCACGCUCUUCUUCCCCUUGCUGUGAGCAUCUACAGGGAUGCUUGAUCUUCCGUUCUGCUUCAUGUCUGUUUUCCACCAAACACACACACACACACACACACACAUUCUCCCUUAGUGCGUCAUGUGGUCGAGAGUUAUUUUGUGUCGUUUGUGUUUGCCGUCACAUCACGUCACAAAUGGCACCUGUUGUUGCACGUUCCCUUCUUUCGUUCUGCUUUGCCUUUUCUGUUUUUGAUUUGGUUUCCAAUGUGGUGUUGUCGAUGCGUGCAUGCGCUCGUUCCUUAGCAUGCCCUCACAGACACACACACACACACACACCAUAAACUACACGACACGAGCGCUGGCGCUAUCUUCGCACGAGCAAUUCAC